GCGCUACUUACUAAAAUUUGUCUAGGUAGGCAACCCAUAUUUCAGUUGCAUGAAUACCAAUACCAAUUAACCUAUUUUUUGACGUUUCUCAGUCAAUGUCAAAAAAAUGGCAAUGGCAGUUCGAUUUACAAGAUUAUCGAAGAAUUGUUACGGGGCCUUAGCGCCUGUUCUGGGUAAUGGUCAAGUGGCCUGUUUCUCAGCAGGCCCUCCACCAGGCACACCACCACCACAAACCAAAACAAAGUUUGGCCCUUUGGCCGAUGAAGAUCGUAUUUUCACAAACUUGUAUGGUAAACAUGAUUGGAGGCUUAAAGGGGCCAUGAAACGAGGGGAUUGGUACAAAACUAAAGAGGUUUUAUUAAAGGGAGCUGAUUGGAUCAUAAAUGAAGUUAAAGUAUCUGGUUUGAGGGGCAGAGGGGGAGCAGGUUUCCCCUCAGGUAUGAAAUGGUCUUUUAUGAGCAAACCUGGAGAUGGUCGCCCCAAAUAUUUGGUUGUAAAUGCUGAUGAGGGUGAACCUGGCACUUGUAAAGAUCGUGAAAUUAUGAGGCAUGAUCCUCACAAGCUUGUUGAAGGAUGCUUAAUUGCAGGAAAAGCCAUGGGAGCUAAGGCUGCCUAUAUUUACAUUAGAGGAGAGUUUUAUAAUGAAGCUUCAAACAUGCAGGUUGCCAUUGCAGAGGCAUACCAAGCAGGAUUUUUGGGCAAAAACGCUUGCGGUUCGGGCUAUGAUUUCGACGUUUACAUGCACAGAGGCGCCGGGGCGUACAUUUGCGGUGAAGAAACUGCCUUAAUCGAAUCUAUUGAAGGUAAACAGGGUAAACCAAGGCUUAAGCCUCCGUUUCCAGCUGAUGUCGGUGUUUUCGGAUGCCCUACCACUGUUACCAACGUAGAAACAGUUGCUGUGGCACCGGCGAUUUGUCGCAGGGGCGGUAACUGGUUUGCCUCGUUUGGAAGGACGCGUAACUCUGGCACCAAACUGUUUAACAUCUCAGGUCACGUAAACAGGCCUUGUACUGUGGAAGAAGAGAUGAGUAUUCCGCUUAAAGAACUGAUCCAGCUUCAUGCUGGUGAUGUUAUUGGCGGAUGGGACAAUCUUUUGGCCAUUAUUCCUGGCGGAUCCUCGACUCCAUUGAUUCCAAAAAGCGUCUGCGAAGACGUCCUAAUGGACUUCGAUGGGUUAGUUCAAGCCCAAACAAGUUUGGGAACAGCCGCCAUUAUCGUAAUGAAUAAACAAACCGACAUCGUUAAGGCUAUUGCGCGUUUAAUCAUGUUCUACAAACACGAAUCGUGCGGACAAUGCACGCCUUGCAGAGAAGGUAUCAACUGGAUGAACAAAAUAAUGUACAGAUUCGUUGAUGGUAACGCAAAGCCCGACGAGAUAGAUAUGUUGUGGGAAAUUAGCAAGCAAAUUGAAGGUCAUACAAUUUGUGCCCUUGGUGAUGGGGCUGCUUGGCCUGUACAGGGACUCAUCAGACAUUUUAGACCAGAAUUAGAGGAAAGGAUGAGAAAGUUCCAUGAGUGUGAGCAAAAGAAAAUAGCAAAUAAUUAGAAUGUAAAUAUGAUUUUUUUUUCUUACUCACACGCUCUCAGUAUUUUGCCCCUUAUGCUGAUUUUUUUAAUAUCAUGGUUUGUGUAAUUAUUUAUCAAUUUAAACUGUGCACUGUAUAUUAAUAAAGUUUCAAUGUUUUG